AUGUAUUACGCUUAUAGCUGGUGUGAAAACAAAGGAAAAGACAGCCUCAUCACUCAGCUACUCACGAAUCCGCAUUCACCAGCUUCAUGUCGUGUCGACCAAGUGAUGCAAGAUAUUCCUGAAUUUGGAGCAGAUUUCGGAUGUCAAAUGGGACAGAAAAUGUUCCCCACACCUGAUGUCCGAUGUAAGGUCUGGGUCGAGAACUAG